ACAAACGUUCCGAUAAUAAAAUUCCUAUCACCCGACGAGUGCACUGCACUGAUCUAGUAUAAUCUGUCUCCAAUAAAUUAAUCUCUUGAUCUCUUGUGAUCCCACUGUAAUUUUCCUCCACUUUUAGUAUACAAACAUAUCAUUUGAAUAAACAACAAUCAAGAUAACACUUUAUCUAAACAUUUAAAAAACAACCUCGUGAUAGUCGACACAAAAUUAACAGUUACUCAAGCAUUCACACACCAUGAGUCUGACAAUAGAAAACAUCAAAAUCGUCUCCUUCGACGUUAAAGACAUUCGAUGGCCGACAUCUCUGGAAGCCCAUGGCUCGGACGCAAUGCACACGGAUCCGGACUACUCCUGCGCUUACGUCACCCUCAAACUCAAAACGGGCCUGGAGGGCCACGGUGUGACCUUCACUUGUGGCAGAGGCACCGAAAUCGUGGUGGAAGCCUGCAAGUCGCUGAGUGACCUAGUGGUAGGUCAGGUCGUCAGUGACAUCUUCAAAGACUUUGGAACGUUCUGGAGGAGUCUGACCAGCGAGAGCCAGAUUCGGUGGGUGGGGCCAGAAAAAGGGGUCACCCAUCUUGCUACGGCCGCUAUUAUUAACGCUCUGUGGGACUUAUGGGGGAAACUCCUGAAAAAGCCGGUAUGGCAGCUUCUGGCGGACAUGGAACCGGAACAGUUGGUUUCGGUGAUCGACUUCCGGUAUUUGUCGAACGUCAUCACGAAGGAAGAAGCGGUGGAGUUGCUGCGGAAGGGGCGCGCGGGGAAAGAGGAUAGGAUGAACCAGCUGCUGGCUCUGGGAUACCCCGCGUACACCACCCAAGCAGGAUGGUUGGGUUAUUCCGACGAAACUAUCGUCGACCUUGCACAUAAAUACAUGGACCAAGGAUUCACAGCGUUUAAAGUUAAAGUCGGAAAGAAUCUCUUUCAAGAUAUCAAAAGGUUGGAACUCAUUCGCAACACCAUUGGCUGGGACCGGAUUUUAAUGGUAGACGCGAAUCAAGUCUGGGAAGUACAAGAGGCCAUCGACUGGAUGAAGCAACUAGCACACUUUAAACUACUCUGGAUUGAAGAACCUACUUCACCUGAUGAUGUUCUCGGGCAUGCCGAAAUCGCGAAAGCAUUAAAACCUACAGGAAUUGCUGUAGCGACUGGCGAAAUGUGCUGCAAUAGAGUUCUGUUUAAACAAUUCCUCCAAGCGAAUGCUUUAGAAUAUUGCCAAAUUGACUCGGCUAGAAUCGGAGGUGUCAAUGAAAUCUUGAGCGUGUAUUUAAUGUGCAAGAAAUUGGGAGUUAAGGUAUGUCCUCAUGCUGGCGGGGUUGGGUUGUGCGAAAUGGUACAACACUUGCAAAUGUGGGACUACGUGGCGCUGUCUGGAACCAUGGAUGGGCGCUUUAUCGAGUACGUCGAUCAGCAACAUGAACAGUUCGUGAACCCUACAAUCGUCGAAAAUGCUUGCUAUUUAGCUCCAAGGACUCCCGGAUACAACACAACUCUAAAAGAUGACGCUGUUGCUCAAUACGAGUACCCUCAUGGAAGCGUUUGGCAAGAAAUGUUUGCUAAGGGAAUUUUCCGUAGUCCAAGAAAAAAUAAAUAACUUUAUUGUUUACACAUGCUAAAAAAUAAAAUAGGUGUCGUAACUCA